AUGGCCUCGGCUGUGCCUGCUGAACUCGGUCAAGCAAAAUACCAUCGUCCUAUACACGGCAGCCACAAUCCGACACCUGUCAAGCAGACAUCCCAAAAGGCUCUACAAUCCAUUACGCAAGUCCCCAGAUCGCCAUCUAUCUCCCAGAGACCGCUUCUAGACCACGUCUCGCAGAAGGGCCCUGAGAGCAUCGUCCACGACUCUCUCGAGGACCGGCCUCCUGCGCCUGCUCGCCCGCCUCGACCUCUGCUCGACUUCCUUGAGGAAAGCGUGCCCAUUGAAACCCGCCAGCUUAAAGCAGUAUCGUAUGAGAAAGACGUCAUCGCUUUAGGCCCGUCCGCCCAGCCCCCGGUCAUUGCGCAAAACUCUCUUGAGGUGCCUUUGCGUGAGCACUCUUCUUGUGCAGAUCACGCUAUAGAGGAGGAUUCAUUCCAAGUGCUACCUCAAAACGUCUUUUCUGAGAAAAACACCACUUCAGGAGUUCUAGGCAAAGGCCAACUGCGAACCUCAUCGUCAAAACACGCUGUUACCGCAAACGAGACGCAAUCAGACCUUUCUGUUCACGUAUCUACAAACAGCGACGACGACAGCGGCGAAGAGUUACAAGAUUGUAUCACAGUCCGCUCUCAGCCUAUCGACCCUUCUGCCAAGUCCAGCUCAAGGGUAGCAAAGACUCCUGAUCAAGUGCCCCUGGCUUUUCGAGAAGCCGAGGAGAAUCAGAGCGCAGCUCCUCUGGAACCCACCAGAUCUUUCUACCUCGGCGUAUCUGCCCCCACUAGUCUCACCACGCCCAACAUGCCACCCAAGGGCUCAACUGCCAAGGCUACCACAAGUAAACCCAAGAAAUCAGCUGGCACUACCUCCAAGAAGUCAUUCAAACCUGCUCCGCCUCUUCCUGACAUCGUCAACCAAGGUGAGACUUCGGCCGCUGCUAUUCUUCGACAGAGGAAGGCUGGGGGAACCAGUCAGUCCAACACCACAAAACAAGCAUCAGCAGCAGCACUGGAAGCCAUUUCCAAGACCGGUGCUUCUCAAAAGAUCUCAGCGCGUCCGCCUCAAGUUCCUCCAGCCAAAUCUUCGACCAAAACUACCACGAAACCUACGCAACAACACCCUCAGAGACUCCCGACCAAACAGCCAUCGCGCAAGAUCGAGACUCCUGCAGACCGCGGCGAGUUCGAGUUAUCACCAGAUCCAGACGUAGAACAGUCUGCGGAGCCAUCGCGUCUCGAAAAAGGCAAUUCGAAACAGACUAAGGCCACAAAGACUGUAGCUGCUAGUAAAAAUGGUAACAGGAGCCAAUUGAAGAAACAAGCUGCCAAAGUUCCAGACACUGAUAGAGAUGACGACGACGAGGACUACAGCGCGCCUAAAUCGCAAAAGUCGAGGGCAGCGCCCACUACGCGAGCAAGCACGCGGGCUCAAACGAAGAAAGCUAACAGAGAUGAUGGAUUCGUUGAAUCCGCUCCAGAAACCACAACGAGCGAUGCUAUGAGGACGCAGAAGCGUGUAUCACAGAAUCCCAGUUCAACCGACAGAGAGAAAGAAGAGAUUGAAGACUCCGAGGAGAGCGUAACACAUAUCAACUCGGUCGGUGCUUCACAAUCUCAACUCGCAACUCGAGCCCAGCCGGCAAAGCCUCCUGAGCCCGAGCAAGCUAAGCCUCGACGUAAGACGCAGAUGAUGCAAGCCCUUACGAGUCCGGAUCGUGCCACGAUCUCAACAGCUACGGAGCCCAGGAUCAACCAAGAGGCCCCGGCUGCACACACCUACUCCAGUUCAGCAUACAGACCAAUGCCUAAACAAGGCACCACUCACAGGAAUCCCGUCAGCGUCAAUGACGAUAAGUCAAAUGAUGACGACGAAGAUGCAAUUAACCAAGAUUACGAUGCCAGCUUCAACCACACUAUCCCGGAGGUGAUGAGCCAGAAGCCACAGGAGGAACUCAAGACUCCCUUGAUCGUGGAUCAGACUUCCAAAUCUGGGUCUGCAGAUGCUCACUCAUCAGCAGUACAGCAGUCUCUAGCCCACCUGAGUAAAGACCACUCUGAUCUUGAUCUGUUGGCGCAAGAGCGUGCUCAGCGUAAGCCAAAUCUCGUGAGCUUCAGCACCGCUGGACCUAGAAAUCAGGGGACACGAGCUAUGAGAAAAGAUUCCAGCCCAGAUAUGCAUCGUCUACCUUCCGCAGAAGUUUCGUCUCCAAAUCUUGACCAGUGCAAUCUAGAAGACCCACCAGACAACUAUAGUACUGGCCUGGACAUGCCAACUAAGAAGUCAUCUGGUGUGGCAGUCACUGGAACAUCUGCUCAUGCUGGCGCCACCUCUCCUACUUACAAGGCGCAAGGAAACGUCUUUAAGUCGGAACCAGACCCCCCCACUGGCUACCCUGAUGAGAUAGCGAGCAUUACAGAGGUUCCUAUCGCCAAAACAAAGGCUUCGAAGGGGUCAGGAAUGUCGCUCAAGACCGCCAUACCUGAGGAUAGACAUACAAGCGCUCGGUUGGCCAGAGACGCAGCCGACGACGGAACGUUAGUCGUGAAUCGCACGGCAGUCGAAACCGGAGCUCAGACUGGAUUUUUGGAAGACCUGGUUGGAGACCCCUCGAGACGACUACCAUGGAAGCCAGAAGUCUUGCGCAAAGAUACAGUCGCGGCCAACCCUUCGGUAUCUCUGGGCGAGCCGAGGAUAUUAACUAAGUCCAGCAGUUCAAAAGAUCUGGCGCCUGUCAGCUCAGAGCAUCCAGGAUCUGCCAACCAGACACUAGCAUUACCCACUCCAAUUGACACACAAGCGCCGCCUCGCAUCAACCCACGACCUAUCGACAGAUCAGCUGAGCGAAAAGCUGGUCAAGGUCUGAUGCCCCCUGCACAGGAGACCGAAGAAAGAGCCGUAAACCCACGUUUGGAAGCGAAACAGACUGAACCACUUGGAACCGAUCGAAAGCGGCCUCCUGCUGAACUGACCCGACAGCCUGCUAAACAUUCAAGAACAAGCACUUUCCAAUCUCGUACACAGUUGACAAGGUCUCCAGCAGCCAAGGACCCAGUGUUGCGAAGGUCGUCUCAAGUCGCCGACAAUGGAUCCCCUAUACCCUACGGAACAAAGAUACCGCCAGACACAGUUCAAUCCCCCCGAACAAGAGACGAGAGGAUGUCGGCGACUCCAGUUACACCUCCUUCCCUGACACGUCAGCCUGUGGAUGAUCCAUUUGCUCAGGUCACGAGAUUUAAGCACAAAGAGGCAGUCAGAUCAGAGAGCUCCUUAGAGGAAAUGGGCGCUCUACAGGAAAACCUGCCAGCUCAAUCCUCGCCAGCCAUUACACACGCCGGUUUUGAUGAAGACACACAAGCGACAGCCGAGAGCAGACAGCCACCCGAGCCUCAGAAGAAACCCUCAAAAAACACGGUCCCAGAGCCUCAGCAAGAUUCGCCUCCAAAAGUUCAAGCUACACAAAGAAUGCUUGGCCUGAUGGAAGCAUUACGAUCAGAAGUGGUCCCUCAGACGGAUACAGAAGCCGCUGAUGGAGACGAGGUUGAGGACACUGGAGCCGAAGAAGCAGGAGAAGGAGAAGAUCCAGACAAGACACUGGUGAAUGAAGAAUCAGUUGAUGCCGACGACGAUGACGGUGAUGACUCGGAAUCAUCUUCGGAUACAGAUGAUGAAGGCGACAAGCCGAAGAGCGGUUUCUCGAUGUGGAGAAACGCACUAGAGUUUCAUCAAGGAAAUGUGUACGACCAACUGGUACGCAUAGCUCACCGGUUGACAGAGCACCUGAAGGAUCACGAGACAGCCAUCAAGGACAUCAGUUCGGACUACAAGCAAGAUGGGGAAAAUCUCAUCGAACGUCUUGAGAAGAGCAACCAAGCAAGACUCGAACAGUAUUGCACCAAACGAUCGAAGAUGCACAGAGGGCUUGUAUUAGGGUACGAGAAAGUGAGUGGUAUUAUGGAAAAGGACAAGAAGGACAUCAAGGCUAGUCGUGAGAGACACGUCAAGAUAUUGCAGAGGCAAGUGGAUGCAGAGAGAAGACUCGAGCAGAUACUGCAGACUUACCACCUUUGA